CGAUCCCAAUCGACGAACGUGUCAUUAAGUGACGCUGAUAACGUAAAAUUCGACAAAUAACGCGGGGUUAGUUAUUGCAAAUAUUGUAUAGAGAGAUUUCGAAGUGCCGCGUUGUUCCAAAUUUCGCUAGAAGAUAAUCGGGAUAAAAUUGAGCUUUCUCAGGCUAUUUUUUGUCUCGUCAGUAAGUACAAGUUUCUCGUGAAGUAAACAUAUCAUAGAUAACGGUUCGUGUAAAGCGACAGGGGUUGAAUUAGUUAAAAUAACGCGAUGAAUUAGUGCGAACGGACUAUGGACCUGGGAGAGGUCGUGUGUUCUACCGUCAGGUGGCGGUAGCCUCAAAACAGUGGGACAUCGUACAGACACCCUGCAACGGGACUGUGUUUUUCACAGAAUUGUUUUCCGCGUUUUCCCGCAAAAAUUACGUUCUCUGACGGUGAUUUUUUGUCUCAGAGGGCCGCAUCUAUCAACCCCACUAUCCGGCCGGCCGCUCACCUACUCACACCUAAGACGAAUUAUGUAGUUUUUCCAUUUGGUAUACAGUCAAUUUGUUCCUGUCUCGUUUAAAAGAGGAAAGGAGCCCAAUGUGGGUGGAAGUGAGAUGGCAUCCAGGGAAAAGAAACCCUUAGUGCCUUCAAAAGCAAAACAGAAGGCGAAUAAUGAUUGUAGCUUGCCAUCAAACGAAAUUAAAAGUAGAAAAGGCAAGUCCUUGUCAAAUCUGAAACAACAGCAACUUGCACGAGAUAUAUUGGAGGCUGUAGCAACUGGUAGUCAACUUCCUCCAAAAUUAGAGGCAAGCCUACCGCGUAAAAAGGUUCUUAGGAAUCUGAAACAUAAGCAAAAGUUAAAAGUAGCAAAAGCAAAUUUAAUUAAAUCAAAGGUUACAAGGAAAGUAGCCAAUAGAAAUUUGUGUAGAAUACCUUCUGACAUUAAAAGGAGCGUGAGGGCUAAAAGAAUCAAAUUAUCCGAAGAGAAUAGUAGCAAGGCAUCAUCUAACAAAAGCUUAGAGCAUCAAAUAAACGAAACAGAAGGUGAAAGUAUAGGAGCAGAAGGUAAUAGAAGUGCCAAGAAUAAUCUCAGGACUAAAAAGACCAAGUUUAUAUUAAAAAAUAUCGGAGAAGUGGAAAGUGAGGAUAUUUUAGAUAGAGAUUCAGAUUCAGUUAGCGCUGGUUGCAGUACCAAGAGUAGUCCAAAGCUUAAUAGGAAGGGCAGAAGCUUGGAAAGUUUAGAUUCUUUGCCUAGAGGUGUUAAAUCAACAAAAUUUUCAGGAUUUAAAAGGAAUAGUAUCAAAGAGAAAGAUACUUUAAUAAAGUCAGAAGUUGAUAUUAAAUAUUCAAAAGGGAGGAAGGCUACUAGAGAUAUAGAUUGUAGUAACACAAGAGUUUCAAAGUCCCUUUUGGACGGCAAAAGUUCUAUAGAUCUUACCAUUGACGAAGUGAUAGCUUCAAUGUUGAGCGAUACAGAAAUAGACAAUCAACAGGGAAUAACAGAAAAAAUAGAAGGAAAAUUAACAAGAAGUAAGAAGAUGUUGGUAGAAGAGAGUAUAGUUUCAGAUAUUGAGAUAAAAAAAGAGCCAGACAGCGAAGACAUUAAAAUUAUUUCCGAUGGGGAGAAUUUUGAGACAGAAUCCAUUCAAAAUGCAAUUCAUUUGAGGAAAAGGUCGAAUGCAAACACCAUCAAUCAAAGAAGUUUAAGGAAUGGUAAGCUAAGGCAGUCGGAUUCCGUGAUUUCCGAUUUAGAGCUUAAAAAGCGUCGACGAUUAAAUUCGGAUGAUCCGAUUAGUUCAGAAGUUUCUGCGGACAAUAAUCUUGCGGAUAAUAAUAUCGAUUCUGAAUCUAGUUUUUCUGAAUCUAGCGGCAAUGAUUCUCAAACAAUUGUAAUACCAGUUAAAGACGAAUUGUGCAUGAAACAAGAAGCGUUGAAAAAUUUUGAGGACAAUUCCCAAAUUGGAUCAGAAAUGGAGAAUAAUAACAACAGCGAUAGAGGGGACAGGGCUAGCGAGAUCGGACCCACCCUUCGCUCGAAGACCAAGGCGAAAAGUACCGAGGUCGAGGUGACAAAAAAUGACAAUAUAAAAAUUGAAUAUACGAGAAUAAUACCCAAGAAUAUGGAGGUGCAAGAAGAAUUGAAAAAGAUGGGAAAUUUAGACCAGGUUAGAAAAGAUAAUAUUUUGGCGAAACUGUCUGACAAGUCUAAGGGCCGAAGAAGUAGUUUAAACAUAGAUAUGAAGAAGACGGUUAAUUCGUUUUAUAAUACGGACAAAUCGGACGGUAAUCCCAAGUCCCAGAUAGAUCAAAUGAUAGAAAAUAUCAAGCUUACCAUCGCCAAAUCUAUCGAGAGUAAAAUCUUUGGCCCGGAAAAGGGCCUUGGAUUGAACAAAAAUUUCGAGAUACCAAAAAUUGAAGAGAUAAUUGCACCGUUGAGCGCCGAGUCCCAAAAAUUAGGGCUGGACGAAAAUACGGACGAGGAUAAGUCUGCCGCGACAAAGAAUGAGAUGAAAUCGGAUAAUUCGGAUAAUUCAAUACCAAAAGUGGCCGAUACUGCCAAAGAAAUUGAGAAACUAGUCAUGGGUGAUAUUGAAUUAGCUGAAACUCAUUCUCAAAACGUGCAAGAAAGCGAGUCUUCUGAUGCUGAUGCGAAUAGCAACACUCACAACGUUUCUGAAGUGGUCAAUAUCAUAGAGAACGAGGACGGUAGUUGCAAAAUUGUGGUGCAAGAGGGGGAGCCGAACGAAACGUCCAAUUUAAUGGAGGAGAUUGAUAAGAGCACCGAGGUGGAUGAUCAGAUAAAAGCAGACGAUGGGAAGAAACUUACGUCUAUUAGAAAAUCAUCAAGGAUAAUAGACAAAGCUGCUCCCGAGAGCAAUGACGCUGUUAAAAAAUUAGGAAAAGCGAUGAACAAAGUAGCUCACAAGCUCGAGAACAGUGAAGAAUCUUUACAGGAGUCUGAUAAAUCUAUUUCUAAGGAGCCUAUUUUUUCGAGCAAGGAGUCGUUUAAAAACGAAUCGGCGGAGAGCAAAACAACUGCCCCUGAAUUUCCAGUUGAUUCCAGCGCGGUGGCCGAAUCGAAGCAAGAGGAAAUUAAAACGGAAGAUACGACAAAGGUGGAUAAGACGGUCGAAGAUGGAGCCAAGAUUUCCACGAAUACGGGAUCCGAUGACGUGGAAACUUUAGAGAGAAUUUCGAAAGAAGUGGAAAGAAUGGUAGCAGAGGAUGAUGAGUCUGGGCAUCGGUCGCAAACCAGCGCAGAUGAGCCGCAAAACGAUCAAGAAUCUGCAACGAUUAAAACUGCGACAGAGUCUUCUUCUUCUUCUUCUUCUUCUUCUUCUUCGUUGUCUGAUGAGUUAGCUGAUGUAGCAACGGAUACCGAGAAUCGAGAAACAAAUGCUAGCAGUGAAUUGGAAAAUAAGGAUGAGCGAGACAAAUGCGAGAAGGUGGUAGAAAAAGGUGCCAAAGAAGUUGAAAAAAAAGAGGAAACCGUGCCAGAAAUUGUUAAAAAGAGUAGAAAUGAUUGUGAGCUUAAUUUCGAUUCCACGUCGAAUUCUAAAUGUAACUCUGUUUCCAACGGUAAUCUUCUUCAAGAAGAUUUGAAAAAAGACUCGAACGAGAAUGAAAAGGAAGAUAAACUUAAACAAGAAAACGACAGCAAUAACGACUCGAUACAAUUGUGCGACAACGGUAACGAAAUUUAUAACAAUUUGGAGAGUGAUAUAACGUUGACAAAAGAGGAUAAAAAAACAUCGGAUGAUGGUGUGGAAGAACAAAAAUCUAUCAAAGAUGAUACUAAGAAACGGGUAUUACGAGCGCGCGAUAAAACGAAAGGAAAGUUUGAAAAGGGACAAGGGUCGUGCAAGGAAAAAGAAACCGUUACGAAAGUGAAAAUGGAAGAAGAAGAAAAGGCACAAAACUCUAGCAGAGAGGAAGAGGAUUCGAAGGAUUUGGAGGAAAAAGUUCAAGAAUCGAUGACGGAGGACACGGACGAUACUCAAAAUAGCGGUGAAAUAGACACGAAUGACGUGGAACCUCAGGCUCGUACGAAACGCGGCAGAGAGGCAAAGAAACGUAAGGAGGAUCAAUUAAAUAUGUUGAAGAAUAAACGAGCAAAACGUGAGAUUCGGAGAUGCGAUCAGCAAAAUAAAGAGGAGACUCUUUUGGACAACGAGGUAGCGAAGAUUAACGAGAACAAUCGAUCGUUUUUAAACAAAUAUGAGAAUGGUGGAGUGGAAUGCGCGACAAAUUUCAGAGGUUUCUCCGAAGGUGGAAGAGAUAGCUUGGAGAAGCAUGAGGAAACCGCGGACAAUGUUAGAAGUAAAUCGGAGAAUGAUUUGAUUAUGGCGAAAGAAAACGGUAGGAAAACGUGCGAGAACAGAUUGUCGAGAAAUUUGUCUGAGAACCACGUGACUAAAGAGGUGGAAAAUAUAGACAUACUGGAUGUCGAUUGUAAACCUAUAAAAACGCCAGAAACGUCGCAGAAAGACUCUGACGAGACGUCCACUUCUGGCGAAUCUUCGAGCAGUGUCAAUAUUACUCCAAAGAUUUUGGAGACGCCUGAGGAUAAGGCGAAGAAAGAGUCAAUUUUGAGAUUACUUGGUUUGGAAUCUCUGGAAAAGGCUGCUGAGAGGUUGAAUCAUCAAAAGGCGAAGAAAGGACAAUCCACGGGUACCUUAAAAACCGUGAUUCGUGUCCAGAAAGAAAGGGAGAAGGACAAAAGACGAUCGAGAUCGCCACUAAAAAUGGUACUGAAACAGGGUCGGGGAGAUGGUGAAGGAGACUCGCCAGAAAAUUUCUACACUAUUCAAAAGGAGUUAGGAACCAGUGGUUGGGGAGAUAGCAGCUCUGGUGCGAACCGAAAGUUCUCUACUAACCACAGACACUCUUGCGACGAAGAUAAUGAAGAUACAGCACCAAAGGAUCGUCAGUCUCUUGUUAUUCCAGAAAAAUCCUCUUCUUUUUCCAUUCAUCCAGGACGCUUGUGUGCGGACGUAUGUUGUUAUUGCUUUGGGAAAUUCGGUUCUUUAGAUACACCGAUGCAUCUUGCUCAAAUGAAAUCUGAUGAAAGACGCAAAAAGAUUUUAAACAUAGAAAGACAUUUAACUAAGGAUUCUUGUUUAUGCGAUGCUUGUUACCGCCACGUGGAUAGAAAGGCGAACACAAGUCCAACAAAUAUGCAAACAAAGCCGCAAAAACAACACCGACAACUCAUGGUAUCCAAGUGUUCGGCCCGUGAUUGUAGAGAUGCUGCACGACAUCAUGUCAAACGUCGAUGGUUGCUCAAGAUAAAAGCUGGCCUGCAAAAACAGGUGGACAUUGAUUGGGAAUCAAGUCAACAUACAUCCAUGUCAUUCUGCGUCAGUCAUUAUUCGAAAAUCGAAAGAUUCUUGACUUGUGCAUUGUGUAAACGCCGAUUAGCGAGAAAUCAUACUCACCAAUUGGCGAAUGCGGAAACUGACGAGUUGAAUCAGUUGCUUGGACAACAGGGGAUCCCUGUUAUAUUGUCGGCCGGUACUUUUGUUUGUAAAUUGUGCCGUUACUUUACACAAUUACAACUGAAAUACAAAGACGUGGAAAACAUGAACACGAAUCAUAAAUCAUUCUUCAAGAAUUAUCGAAAAAGGUAUAGUUUCUUUAGUUAUAUUAAAAGAUCUAUUUUUUGAUUAAUAUUUUUUUUUAUUUAUUAUUCUUUUUAU